ACUGAAUAAAUUUGUAGAAAAGUCUUAACCCGACUGUUCAGCAUAUAAAAUCAACAACAGGAAGUCAAGCGCCAAACUAUAUCGUAAGUUAUCUCCCUUACACGCCUACAGUUCCAUUGUGAGUGUGAGAAAAACGUGAUCGACUGACUGGUAGACGACAAAAUGAAGUAUAUAUUAGUGACCGGUGGUGUGAUCAGUGGUAUAGGGAAAGGAGUAAUAGCCAGUAGUGUGGGCACACUUCUCAAGUCUUAUGGCAUCAGAGUCACAUCCAUCAAGAUAGAUCCCUAUAUCAAUAUAGAUGCUGGUACAUUUUCUCCAUAUGAACACGGUGAAGUCUUUGUGCUUGACGAUGGUGGAGAAGUUGACUUAGACUUAGGAAAUUAUGAGAGAUUCCUUGACAUAAAGCUUCACCGUGACAACAAUAUAACAACAGGAAAGAUUUACCAACAUGUGAUCAACAAAGAGAGAAGGGGAGACUACCUAGGGAAAACUGUACAGGUGGUACCACACAUCACAGAUGCGAUUCAGGAGUGGGUUGAGAGGGUGGCAAAUAUCCCAGUCAAUGGAGACCAGCAGAGGCCAGAUGUCUGCAUCAUUGAGUUAGGGGGCACAAUUGGGGACAUAGAAGGCAUGCCAUUUGUCGAAGCUUUUAGACAGUUUCAGUUCCGUGUGAAGAAAGAGAACUUUUGCUGCAUCCAUGUCAGCCUUAUACCCCAGCCACGAACAACAGGUGAACACAAGACCAAGCCCACCCAGGCCAGCGUGCGGGAAAUGAGAGGCCUGGGUCUAUCUCCAGAUCUGAUAUUUUGCCGUAGUGUUAAUCCAAUCAACAACUCAGUGAAGGACAAAAUCUCACUCUUUUGUCAUGUUCCACCAGAACAAGUAAUCUGUGUACAUGAUGUCUCCUCCAUCUAUCGGGUACCUGUGUUGUUAGAAGAUCAAGGCCUGGGUCACUUCUUCAUCAAACAGUUACAGCUGACACAUUUCUCGCCUGGACCUAAGAAGUUAAUGGCCAGGUGGAGGGAAUUAGCCAACAGAUAUGAGCGGUUGAUUGAUGAAGUCACCAUAGCACUGGUUGGGAAGUACACCGAAUUAGAGGAUGCUUACAUCUCGGUCGUCAAGGCUCUAAAACACUCUGCCCUUGCAGUCAAUCACAGAUUAAAUUUGACGCUAAUAGAGGCUGCUGAUCUGGAACCAGAGCGACUGAAUGAUGGACCUUCCAAAUACCACACAGCUUGGCAUCAGCUCGUCAGUGCUCAGGGUAUCUUAGUCCCUGGUGGUUUUGGUAUUCGUGGUACAGAGGGGAAGAUACUGGCUUGUCAGUGGGCCAGAGAAAAGAAAAUACCCUACUUAGGUGUGUGUCUAGGCUUGCAGUGUGCUGUAAUAGAGUUUGCCAGGAAUGUUCUAAAAAAGAAGGAUGCUCACUCCACAGAGUUCAGACCAGAAACAACAAACCCAGUGGUAAUAGAGAUGCCAGAACACAACACAGGUGUGAUGGGAGGGACAAUGAGACUAGGCAAGAGGAAAACCUUGUUCACAACACAAGAAAGCUCCCUCAGAAAACUUUAUUUGGGUGUAGAUUAUGUGGAGGAGAGGCACAGACAUCGCUAUGAGGUGAACCCAAAGUUUGUUGAUCUGUUUGAGAGUCACGGGAUGAAGUUUGUGGGGCGAAGUGAAGAUGGAGAAAGGAUGGAAAUUAUGGAACUUAGUGAUCACCCUUACUUUGUGGGGGUUCAGUACCACCCGGAAUACAUCUCACGCCCUCUCAAACCCUCCUGCCCUUACCUCGGGCUCUUACUGGCGAGCUGUGGUAAGCUGACCUCGUACCUGUCACGAGGCUGCCGACUAUCUCCGCAGAUGUACCUGGAGGAACCUCAGGAUGACACCUCAGAUGAAGAGUUGUCUGCCCUUGACCAGAAUGGCGCGGCUAUUGCGAAGCCUGUCUUAUUGGAUGCACCAGAGUGAAGUAGUGCACAUUUUGAUGUACAUAUAGAUAGGAUUUUGAGAGUCAUAGUCAGAUGAAGAGCAUUUGGAUUUUCUGUCUCCGACUUCAUUGUAUGGUGUAUAUGACUGAAUCAGUGUGCAUCCCCAUGAGCAUCACUGAAUCUGUACAGUAAUGUCAUUUCUCAUAUAUGUAGAAUUUGGAAGUUUCUGUUUGUGCAAAUGAAGUCUUACAUAAUGCAAUAAUAGUGUUUGUAUUAACUGCAGCAUAGCAUUUUUAAUGACUGGAUUGAAGGUACUGAAGUUUGUCUCAUAUAAACACUGCUUGUUGUAGUAAGUGCCCGAGUGAUAUUCUUUUAUGUAACAAUGUAAAUUUUCAUAAUUUUAAUUUGGAAAUACAUUUGUUUAGGUUUAUUAUUAACCCUGAAUUUUAUUUCAGUAAGUUAAGUGAAUAUUUAGGUCUGCCAUUUGCACUGAUAAUUGGCAUUUCCAUUUACAUUUUACACUUUUUUCUCUGUUUCUUUGCAUACCUGUUUGAUUUGUUUUCAAAUAUAAACUAGGAUAUUAUGUUCUUAUACAACUCCUAGUCUGAAAUGCAGAGAGAGCAAGAUGAAAGUUAAAUUAAAUUUCAAAAAUUUGCCUAAGGGGUUUCUUAUAAAAUAAUUAAAAAAAAACAGUACAGUGUAGUACCCAAAGUAAAGAGGAGUAAAAAUCAUGAAAAGCUUAGAACGGUUAUUACACUGGAAGUGAAUUUAGUAAGUCAUGUGUAUGUGACAUUGAGGUAACAGAUAGACAUUACUUCCAUAUGCUUAUAACACACUCUUGUUUUUGCUUGUGAAAAAGUUGUGCAUCUGAAACGUGGCGGCCAGAACUUAUACUGUGAUUUGUUAUUUCAUGAAUGGGGUUUACAGUUGAAUCAAUAUUUAUUGUGCUUUUCAGCUAGCUAUACUGUUCACUUCACCGAUAUUGUUUUACCGAUACUGUUUUACCGAUACUGGAAUAUUUUAUUUACAAGCUUUUGACAACUUAUUUAACAUCAGGAUUUGAAUAAAGUAGACAUCUCUGUGAAAAUGACUACAGUAUAUUUAUUACCUGCCAAAAAAUUUAGUAAACUUGAGUUUGGAUUCGUAGUAAUACUGAUGACCUCUUUAGACAUUCCCUUGAGGCAUAAGACAGUUUUCAUUAGGUUGUAUUAGUAAUGCUUUGUUACCUAUUCAUCCUCAAUUCUUCAUUUUAAAUUUCAGGGUGUACCAUCUUCUUAAUUUUCAUAUUCUUUAUAAACACAAGAAAGUCUCAGUAAGUGAUUAUAUCUUUAAAUUUAAUGAAGUUUGAAAGCCUCUGAAAUUCUUUACCUGUCUACACAGGACAGUAUUAGAAAUGCUACAAUUUUCCUUUUUUCCACCUAUUUAUAUGUUGACAUUUAAUCUAUGAACUCAUUUGAAUCCUAGUCGAUUUCAAAGUGUUGUUAAUUUCGAUUUUUUCACUUUUAGUAUUGUAUGACUUGGUAUUUUAUGAAAUUACAAACAGUCUUUAGUUUGUCUUUUUCACAUGCAGGUCCACAUCAUUAUAAACUGGUAUCAUUAAUAGAACAUAAUUCCUUUGUGCGCAGCAAAAUGAAAGUGAUAGCUUAAUUAAGUCCACUGCAUGGUAGUUUUUUAAGACAUGUCUGUUUUACUCAACUGUUGAAAUAUGAUGCUUGUCUUCCUUACCUCCUCGGAUUGACAUAAUAUUUUGAAAAUAUAUCCACAAAUGAG